UAAAUUUGUUACAAUAUGUAUUGGGCUUGGUAUUGUGUGGUUUAAGGAUUCUUUAAGUAAAUCUUUACCUUUAUUUUAUUUAUUGAAAUUUGUUUAACAUUUUCGAAUUUUAUUUAUAAAACUUCCUCAUAGUAGAGUCGAAUUGUGAUGUCGUCUUUAAUUAAUGGUUUGGGCCGUUCUUUGGUUUUAAGAGGUGGAAUUUCAACCUUUUCAGGCCUUAGAGGUCUGUCUCAAGUUCCUUCCGCUCACACCGCAACGAAAGGUCUUAUUACUCAUAUAAAUACACCCGCAAGAACCCAAAGCUUUAGGCGCUUAUCUGUUUUUGAACCCACUCUCAGACAGAAUUAUGCACUCAAUUUUAAUAAAACCGGUUCUAUGGGAAGUUUAAUGCCAUAUAAUAACAAGUUUGGAGUGAGAUAUGAUGGAGGAGUUGCAACUUUGGGAGCUGCUGUGGCUUUGAUGUCAGUGGGAGGAGUGGCUCAGGGAAUUGGAAAUUUGUUCGCAGCUCUUGUCUCAGGAACUGCCAGAAACCCAUCGAUUAAGGAAGACUUGUUUACUUAUACUCUUAUAGGAAUGGGUUUUCUUGAGUUUCUAGCCAUCGUUUGUAUCCUCAUGGGCGCUAUCAUGUUAUAUUCUUAAUCUCAUACAAAUAUUA